GUUACAUUUUCAAAAAAAAUCCAAGAUGGCCACCGAAUUUGGUUUUCGGUUGUUACGCGUAAAAUUCAAUGAAUCUUGCAAAUCUAAUCAUUUUUUGUAUUUCAAGAAGCAUUCAGUAAGAGAAGAAGAGUCCCUGCGUCCAUCUGAUAAGACUUUAUUCGUGAUCAACGUUCCCCCUUACUGUACAAAGCUUGCCAUAAAGAAACUAUUUGGUAAAUGUGGAGGAGUCAAAUCAGUGUACUUGCACAAGCAGCCAGGGAAAGUCAAGGAAACUAAAACGAGCCUUUUGAAUACAGACAAUGAAGUUAAAGGCUUUAAGGUUGCUUAUGUUGUGUUUAAGAAACCCUCAUCACUUGAUGCAGCUCUUAAAUUAGAUCCAAUGGAAGUGCUGCUUCUUUCAGAUGAAGAUAAUCCAGUACUCACAGGAGUGAAAAAGUGGAGUCAUGAAUAUUCCUUGCGGUACCCAGACCCAUUAACGCUACAAGAGGAAAUAGAUACAUUUAUGAGAGAGUUUGAUAAAAAAGAAGAACAGGCUAAAGAAGCAGAGAAAAUGGAACGAGGCCAACCUGAUGAAGAGGGCUGGAUCACAGUUGGUAAAGGUGGCAGAAAACCAGGGGCUACGAAAGUAGACGCCGCAGAGAUACAAGAAAAAAGGAAAAAGAAGAAAAAGGCCCUGGUAAACUUUUAUCAAUUCCAGCAACGUGAAACAAAACGUGAACAUAUUGCUCAGCUUCGGAAGAAAUUUGAAGAAGAUAAAAAGAAAAUAGCCGAAAUGAAAGCAGCUCGACGAUUCCGACCAUAUUAACCCAUCGUUGUAUAGAUUUUGUCAUUUAUAUUAAAAUGUAGCACAAGCAAUCCAAGAGGCUAUUUUUAAUACUUUUAAGCUAAGUAUUGACUAGCUUAUUAUAAUUUUAAAGAUCCUUUUGAAUGACCAGAUGUCUAUUUGUUAAUACUAUGUGGGAGAGACUAGUUUUUUUAAUGGUUUUUAGAGAUUAUUGUUCAUCUUAAAACGUAUCACCGACUUUUAUUGUUGUAUAAUAGUCCCCUUUUGAUCAGUUAAUGUAAAUACAAAUAUCUUUUAAGAUAUUUGGCCACUUUAUUACAAAAAAAAAAGACAUUCAGCCAUGCUUAGAAUAAUCUAUGCCCCUAGCUGAUAACCGGUUUGCAGGAAAAAUAAAGUGGUUCAAUACACUUACUUCUUAGCCUCCUCCGCCGGCAACUCUAUUGGCAAAAAAGCGCUGUGAGCGGUUUGGGCUACCUGCGUUCCGGGUAUCUGGGAACUGAAGAAAGAAGUUUUGCUUCCUACACAUUGAGUCCGGUUUGCGUUUUCGAUUUUUUUUUUUCGUUUUUUUUUCCCUGUUUUCAAGAGAUGCUUGCUGAGGAGGCUACUUAAAUCUUCACAUAGGAAUGCUAUCGUCUCGAACCCAGAAGGAGACAAAAAAAGAGAAUAAAAAAAAUAGUCCUCGAGGAUCCCAUCGUUAACGUGACACUCGACCUGUUAUAAUUGUUCAAUGACCUGUACUAGACUAGAGGGAGUAAUGUCUCUAUCAAACGGAGAUGAGAGAGUUUCAGUCGUUUUGGGUUAUGAGAUCAAACGACUUAUUCAAAUUGGACUGCAGUAUUCAUCCGAAUCUUGGUUUACAUGUUAUAAAUUUAACUUUUGUGGUUGACCGAAAUAUUCUCAUUCACGCGAUCGAACAGUGACAAUUCUCAUGUCGAACUUUAAAUGUUGCAAGUGAGUAAGAGUGCGUUAGUGCACGGUCAAACGGACAUGAGAGGUGGAACUCUCAUCGCCUGCCAUUUACUCUUAUCUCCGUUUGAUCAAGAUGCCUUUUAAAGCCGCAUUGUCACCAGUUUACUUCCUUUCGAUUACGUUAAAAUCUCCGAUGAUUUUUAACGGAAAACGCGAAAAAUAUUUCAAAAUAUUGAAUUCAGUGUGUAUAUUGCAAGUUCCUUCGAGGAUGUGAUUGGUAAUUUAGAGUGGAUGGCAUGUUAAAUAUCUCGGAUUCUAAUAGAUUCUUUUGCCUUUAACGGUUGAGGUUCCCGUCGGACGUCUCCGGAAGUGAACUGGUGACAAUGCGGCUUUAAGGGAGGUGUAAAAGACUUGACAAUAAACAUUAUACAAUACUUUAUUGCGAUGCAUUAAAAUAUUUUAUUACAAAGCAA